AUGUCCGCCGUCCGCUCAACUUACACCAAAGGCGACUUCUACGAUUCGGGCCGCAUCACUCCAGGCGUUGAUAAUGUCGUCUCGAUGCGGGAUGAGGAGGAGCACAAAGCAAUGAGGGCGAGGAUGGCCCCGGCCUACACAGCCAAAGAAAACGAGGACUUCGGUUUCGAGACGGGAAUCGAUCGCCAACUAAUGAAUUUCAUCCGUUUAAUCGACCAGCAUUAUGUCUCUACCGAUGCGGUGUUUCGGCCGCUGGACCUGGCCGAGAAGACGCAGUUCUUCGCGCUAGACGCCAUCGGCGACAUUUCUUUCGGCGGCGCGUUCGGGUUUCUUGCAGAAGACCGCGACCUGUUUCGGUACAUCGAGAUCAACGAGUCGUCUUUGCCGAUUAUGAACGUCGUCUCGGUGCUACCCUGGCUAGGACGACUGGUUCAUAAAUGGCCGUUUCGCGUUUUACUUCCCAAGGAGAACGACCAAGUCGGGUUCGGACGACUCAUGGGUUUCGCUAGGAAUUAUGCUGAAAUGAGACUGCAACCCGGCGCGAAGCCCCGGAAAGACAUGAUGCAGGCGUUUAUCAAUCAAGGCCUCGGGCUGACUGAGCUCAUCCAGAUUGUCUACAUUCAUAUGAUCGCGGGUACCAACUCCGCCGCGCAAGCCAUGCGCAUGACAUUACUCUGCUUAAUCAACAACCCCGUCGCCUACCGACGAUUACAACAGGAAAUCGACAAUGCCGUGUCAUCCAACAUAGUCAGCUCCCCAAUCACCAACACCGAGGCCUUGAAACUCCCCUAUCUACAAGCCGUCAUUCGCGAGGGUCUUCGAUUCUACCCUCCGGUCACCGGUCUCGGUUUUAAGCAGGCUCCCGACGGUGGCGACGUGCUGAAUGGCUACUACGUCCCGGGCGGCACGCAAAUCGGACAGAACUUCUUCGGCGUCGGGCGCUCGAAGUGGGUUUGGGGCCCCGAUGCUAAUGUUUUCCGCCCCGAAAGGUGGCUCUCGGCGAGUCAAGAUGAACUCAGGCGGAUGAAUGCCGCCGUCGACACGCAUUUCGGUCAUGGCAAGUAUUCGUGCUUGGGAAAGCCGAUCGCAAUGAUGGAACUGAAUAAAGUGUUUGUCGAACUACUAAGGAGAUAUGACUUCACUGUAAUGAAUCCAGAGAAGCCCAUCAAGACGCUCAGCGCCAUCUUCUUCGUCGCCAGAGACUUUUGGGUGAGGCUCACACGACGCCCGAGCUAA